AUGUUGCGAACUUCGCUUCAGUCUGUGAGGGCAUUUGGUGGCAGGCCCAUUGUGGCCGCUGCUGCCCGCCAAUGGCCCAUUGCGGCUACACGGCAAGCCUCCCUUGCUGGCCAGCGAUUUUACUCUAUCGAUAAAAAGCCCGAGCUUGAUCCUGCUAAGCAACCUAUACUGCCUCCUUCCCAGACUAUUACCUCCGAGAGAAUCCGCGAGACAACCAUCGACGAUGUUGGCGAGACCAAGGCUGCUCUGGCAGACGUUCCCAGGACACCUCCUCCCCCUCCUCCGAUGCCUGUAAAGAAGAAGAAGGGCUUCUUCCGAAGGUUGAGGAAUUUCGUCUUCAGUCUCCUUGUUCUUGGCGUUGUCGGCUUCGCUGGAGGUGUUUGGUACUCUCGCGUGAGCGACAACUUUCAUGAUUUCUUCACCGAAUACGUCCCCUUCGGCGAGCAGGCUGUUCUUUACCUCGAGGAGAUGGAAUACAAGAAGCGAUUCCCCAACACCGCUGGACGAUCCAAGACCCAAGCUACCGACGAUGCUGUCCGAGUUCCUGCCCAGAGUGGCGCUUCUUGGAGGGUUGCAGAGGCCGAACGUCACUCAAGCGCUGGCCCUGUUUCUGCUGCUAAGAAGACCGCGGAGGCUGUCAAGACUAAGGUUAAGGCGAAGGCCGCGCCCGCUGUCGAGGCCAAACCUGUUGAGGUGGUUAAGGAAACUGCUCCUACCUCUAAGUCCAAUUCCGGAUUUAAGGCUCCUGAGGUUAACGAGCCUUCUAAGAUGCCUCCUCUGAAGCCAAUUGACCUUCUUUCUCUCGAAGAUGCCAAAGAGCCUGUUAUCCAAGAUCUUGUCCACAUGGUCAACGACCUUAUCCUAGUUAUCAACGCAGACAAUGCUCACGGCAAGUAUGGUACCUCUGUCGACAAAGCCAAGAGCGAGAUCGCCAAGGUCGGAGGCAAGCUUAAGGCCAUGAAGGGCGAGUUCGAUAAGAAGGCUGCCAAGCAAGUCAGAGAAAAGAUUCAGGAGUUUGACAAGGCUGCUACAGACCUUAUUGACCGUGUGGAGAACACCAUGAUCAGCCAGGAGAACCAAUGGCAACAAGAUUUUGAGAGCGAGAUGAAGAAGGUCCGAGAGAACUACGAGAACCGAGUUAACGUCCUGCUCGAGCGUGAGCAGAAGGUUAACGAGGAGAAGCUUCAGAACCAGCUCGCUCAGCAGGCUCUGGUCCUCAAGAAGGAGUUCACCAAGGAUGUUGAGAAGCAAGUUGAGCAGGAGCGUGAGAGCCGACUUGGCAAGCUGAAUGCCCUGUCCUCUGCUGUAUCCGACCUCGAGAAGCUUACCACUGGCUGGAACGACGUUAUCGACACAAAUCUUAAGACCCAACAGCUACACGUCGCCGUUGAGGCGGUCCGAGCCAGCCUUGAGGAUGAUCAUCACCCCCGCCCCUUUAUCCGUGAGCUUGUUGCUCUCCGAGAAAUCGCCUCCGACGACCCCGUUGUCAACGCUGCUAUCGCCUCCAUUAACCCCACUGCUUACCAACGUGGCAUUUCUACCUCUUCCCAGCUGAUUGACCGUUUCCGCCGUGUUGCCAACGAGGUCCGAAAGGCUUCGCUUCUACCUGAUGAGGCUGGUGUUGCCAGCCACGCUUCCAGCUGGGUUCUCAGCCAUGUGAUGUUCAAGAAGCAAGGUCUUGCUGAUGGUAACGACGUGGAGAGUGUCCUUACCCGAACCCAGACAUACCUAGAGGAGGGCGACUUGGACUCUGCGGCGCGAGAGAUUAACGGUCUCGAUGGAUGGGCCAAGACUUUGAGCAAGGAUUGGUUGGGCGAGGUUCGCAAGGUGUUGGAGGUUCAGCAGGCUCUUGACGUGAUCGCUACAGAAGCGCGUCUUCAGAGCCUUCGUGUGGAUUAA